AUGGAUCAAGACGAACAGUGUCUGGCGCCGCAGCUGUGCAUCCGUUGCCUGUCGUCGUACGACCGUGGCCGACAAGUCGCAGUCGUAUCCAACUCGGGCGCGUGCACGUGCCCCGACGACGAGACGUGUCCGCACAACAAGAAGACCGCCGCGCUGCACCUGUUGGUCCUCAGGAAAAAAAAGAUAAGUCUGCAGCAUCAGCAGACGUCAUCGACGACGAACAACGAAUCAAACAAGACCAUUGGCUGUGGUGUAGAGGAAUCGGACGACGACGAUGACGACGACUGCUCCUCUUCGUCGUCGUCGUCGUCGUCGUCGUCAUCGAGUAGCACUUCGUCCUGCACCUCGUCCUGCAGCAGUGGCGACACUACUACGUCAGAAUCCGAAGACGAUGGGUCGCGGAUUACCUACUCUUCUGCGAGUCCGUCGCAAUAA